AUGGGUUUUGUCGGCGGUGGAGAGGAAGUUAAAGAUGCAAUUUUGAAGGGUUUGCACAGUAAUGUAAGUCAGCUUGAAAAGCUUUUGAAUGCAUCUUGCGGAGGUGAGGGGUGUGAUGAUGCUGUGAAUUUCCGUGAUGGAGAUCUUAAAACUCUUCAAGAGCAGUUUAAUGAAGUUGAUAAAAUUGCAACAGAAAUUAAUAGCCUUAAUAAGCAAAAAGAUGAAAAAAGAGAGGCGCCUGGAAAGGCGCCGCCCGGCAGUGAUGCUGAGAUUGAGAGGCUUACAAAGGAAAUUGAGAAACUUAAAAAAGAAAUUUUCGCACAAAGUUCCAAGCUUAAAGAUCAAAUUACAACUGUAAUUGAGCUUGUUGAAAAGAAAAUUUCUGAACUUGAACUCAAGAAAAAUAAAGUUGAUGACCUUCAAUCUAAAGUGAAUGAGCUUAAAAAGCGAAUUGAGGAGGGGAACAAUAAAGAUGAAAAUAGGCUUAAAAAUGAGCUUAAAGUGUCUGAAGAAAGGCUUAAAGAAGCAAAAAAUGCUUUCCCUGAGAAGCUUUCAAAAUCUCUUGACUCUCAUCAGAAGUCUAUGAGGUCUCUCGAGACACUGAAAGAGCUUUGUGGAUAUGCUGGGAAAAUUGAUAAAAAUCAUAUUGACGAUAAAAGUUGUAAAAACCUUUUAGAUAACCUCUGCACAGGCCUCGAAAAAUUUCUCGGCUACAAGAAUGGUAAUUACACCGGAGAAGGAAUUGUGUACUCGGACCUUGACAGGCUGUGCGACGGGGUGAUGUCUUUCCUUCAUGGUGUUCUUGGUAACAUUCAUGGUCAUUUAGGCUUACAUAGUGAUAAGAUUCGAAGUGCAAUUGAGUCCCUUGAACGCAAUAAACAUCUUGGCAAAGAGGGUUUUAAUACUGCGAUUCAAGCAGUGGUCACGGGGGUGAACAGGUAUAAUGAGGGUGUGAAGGCGUCAAAUAAUGCUGUGAUCACGCCGAUAAAAAAGCUUCAAGAUGAGAUGGAAGACCUAAAAAAUGCGGUAAGUAAAAUUCAAGAAAAUAAUUCUUCUGUAGGUGCAAUUGACAAGAGUGUGACGGAGUGUCUCAGCCAGGCACAGCACUUUGUCGAUAAUAUUACACAAAAUAGCGCAAACGUUAGCGAUUUGUCUGAUGACUUGAAACGUAAUGUUAUUAAAGCUAAGGAUAAUAUUGAGUAUCAGCGUGGCCAACUGGGCAAAAUACAUGAGCAUCAGAAAGGGGACUUGAAGGCUGUGACAGACUUUGUUAGUAAACAGCUUGACGGUCUAAAGAGGAAUGUAUUUUCUUGCAUCGAAAAAGACGUUGGGGAGCUUGUUAGGAAACUGAAGAAUAAGGUUUCGGACAUUUUGAAACAGGUUGUGGAGGUGAAUAACAGUCUGAAAAAAUAUGUGCAGGCGCUGGACAAGUGGAUGCGUGAGAGUAACAGUCUCAUUGAAGGGGCGCAAAAUGAUGUCAAAGAGAUACGUAAGGAGGUUACUUGGCAUUCCGGUGAAGGCGAAACGUCGGAGAAUUGGAUGAAUGCUGUAAACACUGCAGAUGAAUUGAAAAAGAAAGCACAGAAACUGUUGGACGCAGCGGAGACAGCCAAAAAACAAGUUCAGAGUUUGGUGACUGUGGCGCUGGAAGGUGUGAAGACGAUGGACGACGAGCUGAAGAAGGAUUUGCACGGGGUGAGGGGGCAAAUUAAGGGAGCGAUCAUAAAGUUGGCGACGACGUUGGAAGGGAAUGUGAGAGAUGAUUUGGGGACGUUGGAAAGUGGGAUUAGGAGUGCGUUGACGCAGCAUGUUAAGAAUGUGCUGCAAAAAAUUCAGGGGGAGGUUAAUGACAUUAAGAAUAAUGGAAAGGGUCUCGAUCAAUUCGUGACUCACGUGACGGGUACGUAUGUUAAGAAGUUUAAUGGUGGAAGCGGUUUUGAAGAUGUGGUGAAGGGGUUGAUAAAAGAUAUUGUGGGAUGUAAAACGGUUAAGGAAGACAUUAAGGAGUAUGUGUCCUACGACCGUAGUGCUUUUAGUGAUAAAAAAUUGAUUCCCCGGCAAAAUGAAUUCACUGAAGGCACUAUAGUUGAAAUCGUGGAUACAAUUAUGAAUAAGCUUAAGGAUGGUGGUGAGAUAAAGAUUAAUAAUGCAACUGUUGACGGCGGUUCAACACAGAAAGACAAGAUUCAUGAAAAUGCUAAAGCUGUCCAAAAGUGUUUUAAUGAGUUUGCUACGACGCUUGGUGAGAAAAUGGAAAAGGACAACAUUAAGUCUACCGGUAUAGAUUCAUUCGUGUGGAAAAUAGUAACUGACAUUGAGGGAAAGGUGGAGAAUACAAACCAUAGGGGUAAAACACACAAGUACAUCCUACGCAACAUCGUUUUUUCCAUCCUAACCGCUCUCCACUCCACCGCCAAGCAAGUAGCUGAACAGCUUGACUUGUUAACUGGCAAUGGAGCCGCGAAGAUCAAGCACGUGGACGACGCUUAUGCAAAAGCGGGGGACCUCUACAGUAAUCUCAACACUGCCACCAACGGAGACGGCACCGCCUACGAUACAGUAGUUUCCACCUCCGGCACUGAUGUUGAACUCUCCAACUACAAACAUGAUAAGGCCGUUGAGGCGGAGCUAAAGAAGAAGUUUCCUGGUAGCAAUGGCGCUGCAGCCCUCCGCGCCGCUACAACACCUGAAUAUCAGUUUGGCGAUACUCUUAUGUCCCAAUUCCACGGCACCUACACGGACCUCAAGGAAGGCAAGAUACCAAGCGCCCCCGGUACCGGUGGCAGUGUAGUUUCUCAAGACGUGCUCGAGCAGCAGCUGCCGGCGGAAAGCGGUGAUAAAUCAACAACUCAUGUCAAGCUUAAGGACAACAAAACAAUAUUCACGAAUUACAGAUCCCACGUCGGACAAGAUAACAUUGACGGACUUACUACCACUAACAUCGAACAACUUAAAGGCCACCUUCCAGCCGCGAUCAAAAAAAUCCGAGACACAGGUCUGACGACGCUUAACAUCAUCAACCCAGGCGCUACUAAGGAUGGCAAUGAAAUUGAAAAGUCAACGUUUGAAGAUAAAUUCAACGAGAUGGAUAGACAUCUCAAUCAAUUAUGCGGUUCAGUUCGACGUGCCGUCAAAGGUCUGGAAGGAAACCUUGAUAACAUGAAAACUGUAAGAAUUGAUACUGAUCUAAAAGGCAUUACAGAAAAUCUUCGCAUCCUGCAAGACGAGACGUUGGCAAAAGCCAUCAAGGAAGCUGGGCAAUUUUUAGAUAAAGAAUCCGAAAAACUCGAAAAGGAUUGCAUCAACCAUCUCAAGUCCCACCUAAUCAAGCAAGUCGGAAUUGCCGAAUCCGCCAUCACCCAGGACCUCCGCGCGAAAUACGUCAAAUUCAUGAAGGCCCAGCUGGAAGCCUUCGCCGAAAAAUGCCAGACGGAGCUUCAACCUCUGCCGGACAAAAUUACCGCGGACGCGGACAAAGGCGCGAAGGGGUUCAUGAAGAAGAUGGAAAGCAUUGUCGGCAGGCUUCACAAGCAUGACGACGUGAGCGUAUUAUCUACCAACGCCAGCGUAGUUAUAACGGUUCUCACGGACCACGUAAAAACUCUUUUAGUUCGUAAGACUGGAAUUCGCAGUCAUGUUAAAUUAAUCUACUUGCUUGUUCACAAGAUGUUCGAGGAACUCGGUAACUCUAAACACUUCGAUCCCACAUUCACCGAUAACCUUCACACCCUAAAAUCCAAGCUUAAUGACCUAACACCUAAACAGUUCGGCGAAGAGUCCACUGCCCUGUUACAGUCCCUCAAGGACGGAAUGACGGCGCUGACCGACGUGCUGUCCAAGUGCUACAUAAACGCCUACGAGGGCGCUAAGCCGAUCGAAAAGUGGACUGAGCCUCUGACUGCUGACCAGGCAAAAGAGAAGCUGACGCCGGACGGCGAGCGCUGCGCCAAGGCGUGUCUCACCAUAGUUCCCAUCAUACGGGAAACGUUAGGUGAACUUGCAGGGCAUCUUGAAAAAGAUGAUAGUGCAUGGCGAAAGUAUAAAAUGUACACUUCCACAAAACAAGCUCGCAGCUUACAUAAAGAAUUCUUCCGUGAAAACGGUUACGAUAUCACUCUUAGCGACAGUGCCGAUAGCGGUGAACUUAAUCAUAAAGACACCUUUAAAGCCGGUGAACAUGUACUGUUUAGUCCUAAGUCUGACCCCUCAGCUCCCGGUGCUGCAGAACUAGAUGGGAUAAGCGUUGAGGUUUCCGAAGAAAAGGGCUUAAUCCCUGAACUUAAUUCAUAUCACCAAUUGUUCUUACAGGUCUGCCACCACACUCAUUUAGACUCACCCAGAGUUCCAUGUUCCAUCUACGAAAUGCUUGCGUGGUGUUGCGGUUUCCCGUUUAGUCCUGUAUUUGAGAAAUUUGAGCAGCACAUUAAUUCCGAGUUCAUGGUGGCAGAUAAGGCGGAGCCAACUAAGAAAUCAGUUAAGCCCAUUGAGGCGUCUCCCUCAAAUGUAACUGCACCUAUAACAGUAAAAGCCUUGACAAAGAUGUGUGAGAAGGCGUAUCCCGUCCUCACUUCUAUACUGGGUAAUGGGCACGCCAGUGGUAUCUACGCCGUUGAGUUCUCCAACAAUUCACUGAAGCUGUACUACCCUAGUUCCAUGGUACAAUUGCUGUGUAUGUUGUAUGAUAUCGCCAAACGGCUGCACCAACAGCUACACUUCCUAUACCAACAAUGCAAAUAUGGCUCCGACCAAAGCGGUUGGAGAGAGUGUUGGUACGGCAACCAAAUCGGUGGUUCGUCAUUCCAGUGCAACUCUCUCCAAUGUGACAACCAAGACUGUAAGCUAAGUGCUACCCAAAGCGCUACCCAAAAGGGUAACCAAAGGGCUGACCAACCAUGUAACCAGCACCCUACUUGUGGCGUGAAAUCUCCAUUACAGUCGUUCCUCGAAGACGGCCUUGUAGGUUACUUGCCACAUAACGUAUCAUUUAGAGGGACAAAUAUUACAUGUUCCAGCUGUCCCAAGUCGUCGCCUAGCACGCCAUGUAAGACGCCCAUGGGAUUCCCUGAAAUCGCUGUGACCGCGUCUCAUAGGAACACUGGAAAGCAUAUUUACGAUGUGCUUCGUAAUUUCUGUAGCCGAUCUGAUAAGCCACUGAGUCAACUGUGCCGUUACUUGCAGUGUCUCCUCCAUCGCACCCCGCAGUCGCUUGACGACAUGUGGGCAUUCUAUUACAAUUUCUUAACUGAGUGGCACGGCAAAGGCAGACGUGACGAAGUAGGUCUGAAGCAUAAGAAGGAGGCAUUUGAGAAUGCUGUCAACGCAGCGAAUUUCAAACGUGAAUAUGAAGGCUUAAAGGUGCAGUCUAUCUUGUCAACUAGUCACACAUCAAAAUCCAUGGGACAUCCCAACGGUGAUCUCUUCAGCCUUAUUUGCAAUUCAAAGCUGCGCGGCAAAUGCGGUCCAUAUUUGCAUUCGCUUACCAAUGAUAUCGCUGGCAUAUACUCAAAGAAGUAUGCUGGCAGAUAUUUAUCAUGGAUUGUUUACCUCACGCAGACAUUCUACAGCUUACUCCAAAGUCUCUACGAGGAGUGCAAUAGAACAUGUGGCGGUGAUAAGGCAAGAUGCCGUAUUGCCAAAUGCCCACAGAACUGCAAUUUUAAUGACAAAUCGUCAAUCGCAAAUCACGAUGCCGGUUGCAGUUCUAUUAUACAGUGCAAGAGUACGUCAUCGGUAUUAUGCAGAUAUGGAUUCAUGUUGUCGGAUCGGAAGACGCUGAGUGGCACAGAUAGGAAACGAACGUGCAACGAUUUCUGCAGCGUGCUAAAGAAAGUACUGGACGGGGAAUCUGUUCUUGUCAAACUAUUCAAUGCUAUAGAUGAAUUCAUGAAAGAGAUCAGAUGGCCAUUUAUGCUAACGUUAUUAGCCCUCUGGUCGCUGUCGCUCCUGUACCUGCUGCACAUCGCCGUCGUCCGCCUCGACGUCCUGAGGAUACGCUCCCACCUGAGAUCACCCUCAAGCCACCGCAUCGCCGCGCAGUCCCUCCUCGCCGCCGCACGCGUCAGGGCACUCACCAACGUCAAGUACUUCUCACCAUAA